AUGUGGGCCUUUUUAACGUUAUGAACACUAUUUUCUUUGGGCUGUUUAGGACUGCAUGUUUGGUUGCUUGGUUUCUUUUUUUCCGGGGUUGGCGUUUGCUUCUCCGUUUGUCUUUUCCCCCUAGCCUUGAGCCCCUCCUUGUUUUGCUGCUUGUUAGCUAGCUAUGUUGUAAUGUUUACAUUCAGGCCCGAGUAUGGGAAACGCGCUCCUUUCCGAUAGUGCAUUUACUUUUCCAUUACAUAUGUUAAAACCCUUUGCAGACAGUAGGCCGAAGACGUAACUACAAUUUACAAAAAUGUCUUUCUCUUCCGUCUCCUCAUCAGUGGUAGGGUAUGCAACAGUAUUUUCUCUGCAGUGUGGCAGCUGGAAAGGCCUAAUUUAUGAAUUGUAGCUGUCUAAGAUAAAUAGGUUACGAUUUUGAUAUUGCCAGACAAAUAACAUAAGAAACAGGUCUUACAACUGGGAAUAUAUAAUCUCAGGCAUAUUUACACUUGGCUGUGGGGCCCUGGUGUAAUAUUCACAGGGCCUAGGUUACUCCACAUAAUCUAUAUCUUCAUGAACUAUGUUUUUUUAACUUGCAUGUUGGUCAAAAUGUUUAACUAAGGAUGAGGUUUAGUCAUUCUCAAACAAAUGACAUAGCUUUCGCAACAAACCACAAAUCAUCUUCUCUUUGCCAGCUCCCCGUUUUGCUGCAAGUCUUACGUAACAGGCUAGGCUAUGUCAUAUCUUCUCUAAUGAGAUGAGUUAACAGCCAAAUCAGCGAGGGCAGGGAAUCGGCGCAUGUUCGGAAAGUGCCUCGUUUGUUCUCUGUUGGUCGCGCGGUGUAAUCAAAAGUAUUGAACAGAACACUUAAAAUCAAUUUAUGAUUUUUAAUGUUUCGUUUCUAUCCUCGUGCAUUCCCGCGAGUUUCUACAACGGCACUAAAAUGCCUUCUCAGUCAGAUAGCAGUCCAUCGUCUGCGUAGGCCUACACGGAGACAGAUAAUUAUCCGUAGCAUGUUUACUAGUCUAUUUGCAUAUGAUGUCAGUGUGUAGGCUUAAAAUCCGAUCGUUUCCCUUUGAAAGUGGUUUUGAUGCAUUCUAUAGGUUCCGCAUAGACUAUAAUUUGUUUUUAGAUGUUUAACAACUGUGGUGUUUUUGAGAUGGUGGCUAUUUAGUGACUAUGUGUUUACUAGCGUAGGGGGUUGUUUGUAUACUUUUAUUAGGCCUGCCUGCAAAUGUGGAACUGACAUGUUACCUGGUAAAAGACUUACAGGUAGAGGUCUCUAGGAUGCCACAGCUGAGCCCAAGAAACACCACCUGGGUUGUUGUGCUGUUUUACAGAUUUAAUCUUUUGAAAGUAUUUGAGCUUUACAAAUUGUUAGAUGUCACUAUCAGUUAAAUGUCUAACAUUGUCAUGAAUUAUAUAAUCACUUUGAUAGGAGUUUGGCUAUAAUUAUGCAACAGAGGCCUAUUACAUCUUCAUAAUUUAGACAUUGUAAUAGCCUACUUGCAUUGUCCCCAUGAGAAUAGGCCUAUUCGUUCCAGACUUCCACCUCAUAUUAUUUUGAAUGACUAAAGUUACAAAAUCAGAACCAAAUGCAUUACUGGCCUCCAUGAAGACAAAAGAAGCACGGAUGAGUCUAUGCGUUGUAACACAUAGCUCUAAGAUUACGCUAAGGAAUGUAACCAAUAAUAUAUCAAGUAAUAGAUACAAUACGCCUGGGCGUCGUGUAGAAUUACAAAAUCGGAUACAAUCUACCCAAGUCUGUUUUACGGCUACAUAUUGAUUAGAUUCUGUGUGAUUGGUCCUCCAGGGCACUUGCGUAGAGAGUUCAGGGAUGAAGGCGUGGUGUUGUCGUACUCUAUUCCCAACAACAAGACAUUGAAUGGAAACACGCGCCAAGGAAUGUUGUGAAUUAAAUAUUUCUUAGAAUGUUAAAGCAAACGCAGCAGUUACUUUUUUUAGUAAGAAACUAAUUAAAAAUAUUCAUUUGGUGCGAUAUGGAUGGCUUUGCGAUAUAGACAUCCCGUAAACCACUGCAAGCCAUUGUUUGUGUCUGAAUUGGACUUCUCCACAUCAAGAUCAACAAGCAACAGCUAACGUUAACUUUUAGGCUUCCGAUGAACGAAACAACUACUGUCACCUCCACGAUUGAACAAGAAACACCAGAACAUCUGCUAACGCUAGAGUGAAGACAAUCUAAAGCUGCAAGACACAAGUGCCUCCAGCACUGAAGGUCUCCCUCUUCCUGAGAGUGACUCGUCCCCACGACGUCACAAAUGCGACCAUGGGAAAUAGCAGUGAAUAGGCGGCCACCACCUGCCCCCUUAAAUCAGAGGAGGUUCCUUGGGGAGCCCUGCAACACCCCUGUGCAUCUCAGGAGAAGCCCUCCAGUACGACGACAGUGGGGUCAACGAGACCGGCCUGUACUGCAUGGCUCCCUGCACCAGGAUGAGAACUUCCACCACACGCUCUUCUCGCAGCAUCAGCAGCAGAUUCCUUUAGAUGAGUCUAGACAGUACAGCCAUACCAGCGCACCACGUAUGCUCCACCCUGCCACGCACCCUCCUCAGCAGAACCCCAUCAUGGUGGAUCUUCACGAGCAGAUGCACCAAGGAUCAGUCCCAAUAUCUUACACAGUUACCACGGUGACGACCCACGGUUUUCCUAUCCACACCGGGCAACCUAUCCCAGGGUGCAACACUCAGCAGCUCCCAGCAUGCUCGGUAAUGUUCAGCGGACAGCUCUCUCUGCUCUGCUGCCUUCCUCCUCCUCUAAUCCAAGCAUGUACAAUGCAGCAUUUGCCAGUGUCUUACCAAGCCUUCCCGCCACUCAUCUCCAGUGAGCAUUUUAUACUGCACCCCUCUCCACCUGUGCCCCCACACCAGCCACCACACCUUGCUCCUCUGAGCCAGUUUGUUCCCUUACAGCCUCAGCAUCCGCGCAUGCCUCUGCAGAGGGCAGAAAAUGAAGUUGACCUAAGAGGGGACCAGCACCCCAUGGGGACCUUCUCCUAUCCUCCUGCGCAUCAUCCACCAGCAAUGCCUCCCUCAAUGCCCUUGCAGUACCUUCCUCAAGAGCCGCUUCACCAGGAACUGCCCUUCGGAGUGCCAUACCCCCAUGUGCUGCCAAGGCGUGUAAAUGGACAGAGAUACAGGUUACAGCAGCCUUUGCCCCCGCCACCUCCACCGCCACCCUACUACCCUGGCUUUUUACCUUAUUUCCUUUCAAUGCUUCCAGUGCCUCCAACUGCAGUGGGCCCAGCCAUAAGUCUGGACCUGGAUGUGGAUGAUGUGGAGAUGGAGAACUAUGAGGCAUUGCUCAACUUGGCCGAAAGGCUUGGCGAAGCCAAACCGCGAGGACUCACUAAAGCCGAUAUAGAGCAGCUUCCGUCCUACCGGUUCAAUCUCGAGAACCACCAAUCUGAACAAACCCUGUGUGUUGUAUGCUUUAGUGAUUUUGAGUCAAGGCAGCUACUCCGAGUACUACCCUGUAAUCACGAGUUUCAUGCUAAAUGUGUGGACAAAUGGUUGAAGACCAAUCGCACUUGUCCAAUCUGUCGAGCAGAUGCCUCGGAGGCUCAUCGGGACGUCGAUUGAGCCGGCUCCAUGUUCUGCAUUGGAAAACAGCACAAAAAAAAAAAACAAGAAGAAGAAAAAACACGACAAACACAACUGGAGUCCUUGACUGGGGAUAAUCUGCCACCUAACCUGUGCUCUCCAGCCAAACCAAUACCGACAUCCCUCCCCCUCCCCACUUCAACCAAUAAGCAAUCUUGGAUUUUGUAUGGAACGUGUUUGACCUCCGCUGUGCAUCGUCGUGUGAGUUUCAUCAACGCUACUGCCUACUAUAGCCACCGAUAGUUAUGGGAUUUUUAAUCUCUCCUUCCCCAAUCCCCCUUUUUCUUUUCUGCCCUCGUCUGUUGCAGACUCCAAAGAUUUAACAUGGAUGUGAUGUGUUGCCAUUUUUAUUAUUUUCUUUGUUUUUUUUUUUUUUUAUGAAAUAUUCUCUAGCUAUUUGGGCUUUUCUUCACAUAAGGCGCUAAAAUAUAAGGUGUGCAUCAGCAGUCGGAGGGAGUUAUAGGACUGGGAUGAGGGGAUGGUUGGAUUGACAGACCUGUCAAUCUGCCAAACAGGGAAGGCUUAAACAGUUGGUUGUUGAAGUUACUGAGCCAUUCCACUGGUUCAAAAGAAACCGUUUGACCAUCAUAGAUGCAUGUUUGUGUAGGUGAUGGGCAAAGUGACUUGUUAAAUAAUGUACGUUUUUUGCAAUAAUGUAUCGACAAUUUCAAUAUCGCUAUCUGAGUUUAGUUUUUACAUUUUAUUUUCACCUGCGAAUGCUAUUGUGAAAGAAUGACUUGCAGUGGUUAAACGUUCAGAAUCUUUUAACACCUGAUGUAAAAGGAGGGGAAAAAAAAGAAGAAAAAAACUCCAACACAAAAUAUGACUGCAAACGAUGGACAUGCACCUGGUUGGAAACCCUAUCCCCCCCCCCGACGUGGACUUGAGGAGGGUUUAAGAAUCUCCCUCUUAGCAGGGGGAAGCAUUUGGGGGUGGGUGGGGAGAGUGGCGCGAAGUUGCGGGACAAUGGCGUGGAGUGUUGUAACCAUUGCUGCUCUGGCACUGGGCACACCCAGCCUGGCAUAGACUCACAGCGUGAGGGGAGGGGAGCGGGAGCGGUGGGGGGCUGCCAGCCUCUUGCCAGAGUCAUCUGGCUUCACUGCACAAGCCACCACACCACGUCCCCACUUCCCCACGUCCUCCAUGUUCAGCCGGCUCCCUCCAGGGUCAAAAAGCGCCCGGCGCAAUGUGGUGUGUUCUCCUACCAAAACACCCAUAAGCUGGCACUUCAAAAAAACAACAAAAAAAAAGAGAGGGGCCCUAGACAACCUGGAGAGAAUGCCUGGAAGAAGAUUUUGCAUGGACUCCUUUUUAGACUAGCAAUAUUUUAAUCGAGAAAUUUCCAACACAUGUUUAACAAUUAGACACCAUUAAACAAAGAAAAGACGAAGUAAGCAAACUAAAAAAAAAGAAAGAGGGGAAAAAAAAGACAUGCUAGCUUAAAGCAGAGAGGACCCAAGUCUUGGAUGGCCUAUAUCUUACCAUUCGAUUGCACCUCUGCAUUUGUGGUAGAGCUGGGGGAAGGAAAAAAAGAAAAGAAACGUACGUACGUAAAAGAAAAUAACAUCUGACAUUCAAAGCUGACACUGGAGAGUUCGACGCCCUUUUGCAGAAAGCAAUAUGUGCAGUGAGUGUUUGAAUGGAACAUUUCUUCCUGUUUGUGGAAGACCAGGCUUUUUCCUUGUUUUGAGCCAAAUAUUCAAUAUACUCAAGAUUUCAGCUCUGCCUUCUUACGACCUUGACAAGCACAAACCUAUUACUAAUCUUUAAAAAAAAUAUAUAUACUUUGUCAGUUCCACUUGUUUUAAGAGUAUACGGUUUUUAAAUGGUGUUAUUUAUUGGUUUUAACUUAGAUAACAUUUGAAGGACAAGGUCAGAGUACUAACAUGGUAUGUGUGUUAUAUUUUGGCAACGCUGUCAGGUCUCAGGCCAUGUUAAUGGUGUAAAGUGAUGUAAAAGAUAAAAAAAACAGCAUUGUAUGCAUAGCUUCAGUGUGAAAGGUUUAAAAGUUAUCGUCUUGUUUUGAAGACAAAAGAAUGUUUUAAAAUACCCUGUUAAUGUAACUGACACUUCUUCUGCGUGCCAGUUGACUGUCGUAGUGUCCAUGAUCAGGAAGGGAUUUAAACGGCAUCCUUCAAGUUGGGUCUUACGAGUAAUGCACUGUAAUGUGUUCAAUUCACUCUACUUAAACUUCCAAAAUGGUAUCCGGUUUAGGGUGGGGUGGGGUGGGUUUAUGAAAUAGGGUUCUUUUCAAAAGUGGUCUGUAAUUCCAGAGCUAAUAUUCCUACCCGUGAAGAGCACUGAGUAGCAGUUACAGCCCAUGUGAUGGGGGACGGGGACCUUGCCAUGUUUUAAAGCAUUUCUGGUAAAUAUGUGCCAGCUCAAGAAAACAAUAUUAAAAAGAAGCCAUUGUAAUGAGUUUAACCCAGUUUUGAUGACUUAAUUUGAUCUUUCUAUAUAUACGCAUAUGUUCACUGGCAUAUAUUUUAAGUUUAAAAGAAAAAUCACUCAGGGCCUCUCGGUAACUAAGAAGAAGGAAAACAGUCGCGUUCAAAUGGAAAUGAUGCCAUGGGGAUGUAUUUGAAUUUUGUUGGUUGUUUUCCUCAGGCCAUGUGUUUUUAAUGUAAUCAACAACUAAUACUUAAUUUUUGCUGGUAGUAGUGGAUGUUACACCAUAUAAAGACAGGCAUGCUAGAGAGAAAAGAAAAAGGAGAUAUAAUGUAGAGCGAAAAGAGGCAUUGUGUCACUGCAACCAAUCAUCAGUGUAUGUUACUUCAAACCUGUUCUACAUUUCCUUUCCAUGUUCUUGUACUUGAACGAAACACACAUAGCGGUUGUGAUCCCAUUUUGUGCCUCUGUGCACACUAUCCUACCUAAACCACUUCCAAGAAAUAUUCUAAAAAGGUGUUUGCAUGAUUUAAGAAAAUUACAAAAAAAAAAAAAAACCUAGAACAAGUGUGUAUUUUCAGUGGAAGAUAUCUAGAAAUGGGGCAGGAUGUAUUUAAUUGUGCACCAUAUGCAUGCAUGUCUGACCAGGUCCCCAUCGGUUUUUGCUAGCUCUAGUUGGCUUUGGGUUAAUCGGGGUUGGGGACUAUUUGCUCAGCUAAUUACUGCCAUGCAUUGUACUGCACACAUUUGUAAUAGAACUGAAUGACUACAAGAUUUUAUUGCGCUAAUUCUUUGUUACCAAAAAAAAAGAUUA